AUGACAGAACGAAUCUUCAGACGAGGUUCAGAGACCCAAAAAAGUCGACCAGGUGUAAUUAUCUCUAAUAACAAACAAAAUCAGUUUAGUGGAGCGGUGAUUGUAGCCCUAAUUACUUCCCAAACGGAUAAAGUUUAUUUUUUUGAAGUGGAGAUAGAAGUAGAAGGUAAAUCAAAUAAGGUUAUUACUGACCAAAUUUACACUGUGGACAAAAACCGCUUAGAAAGGAAAAUGGGAGUUUUAAACGAAAAACAAUUAAGGAAAUUAGCCGCGGGAUUACACACUGGUUAUAAGCGCGAAAAGGCUCUUUCAUUACGAAUAGAACUAGAUAACCAUGAUGACCAAAUUGAUUUGCGAAGAAUUAUUCCUUUUGGUAACUUACCUUUAAUGCCUAGCCAAACCAAGGAAAGAAAAAGAAAUAUCAUAAAAGCAGAAAAAUUUUUUUCCAGUAAAAUAAACGCCAAAAAUUACCUCGAUAUUUAUCAAACAAUAUUAGAUAAUUUUUAUCUUUCCUUGAUUACGCUUGAUGAAGAAACUGAUUCAGAAAUUUUUAUGACUUUAAACACGGCCGGUGAAGACUUAACAAUUCCCGAUUUAGUAAAAAGUUUGCUUACUCGUCGAAAUGAUUUUCAAGCCCGGAAAUUUGCGGAGAUUUGGGAAGAAAAAAUAGUUAAAAAAAUCUGUUUCCCUCCCACUUCCAAAAAAAAUCGGAAUGAUAAAAUACUUCGUUAUUAUCGGACAGAAAUUAAACCCAAAAACCCAGAAGAAAACAGUAAAUUUCUUGACUUAAUGAUGUUUAGAACUAUUUCUGAUAUCCACCUUCUAAACCGUAAGGAAUUAUUUUCUUUGGUUCUAGCUAUACAUUUUCAAUUUCAAGAAAAAACACGAGAAGAAAAAUUAAUGAUAACCAAAGAAUUGAAAAAGUUAGUAAUUUAUAUUUUCCGCACCAUAAUUAUCAAAGGAAAGAUUGAAGAUGAAAAUGCUCUCCGAACCAUUCGAAUUAACAUUUUAAAAAUGGUAAACUUGGGUCAGAUUUUAUUGUUCGGGCAAGAAAAAUAUCCCAUCAAUCUAAUCAUUGAAGAAUUUCGUCAAGGUGCUGAUUCAUUCUAUCAAUCUCUUGUUGAACGCCAAAGCAAGAAAGAUAAAGGACUAGAAAUCGAAAAGUUCAUUUUUAUAACUUAUUAUCAAAAGAAAAUCAAAGAAAGCGAACUAAUAAUAAACCUAUUCGAUUACGACAUAAGACAACUG